CCUCCACGAGCAUGCCCACAGCCACUAGCCAAGGUACAAUGAUUGUCGUAACCACCGGCCAACCACCUACAUCCAACCUUCGGAUGUCUACCCCUGAGCCCAAUCCACCCGAUGAACGGCCGUGGAUUGAACAGCGUCCUGCGAUUCCCGUACCAAAAAGCCCACUUCCAGCGUUAGCGGAUCUACUAGUAGUUAACAAAAAGAGGGAAGGGAUUGGUGCGAGGACGAAGGGAGCAAGGGGAUGACGAAAAAUGUAGUCGAUGAUGAAACUUUGCAGAACUUUGGAAACCAGGUGGAAUCAUACAACCUAGCCGCAGUUUUGGAUCAGAGGCAGUUGUAGAUAAACGAGAAAUACUCACCGGUAGCAUCAUCGACACGAUCAAGUCAGUGACCCUCGAGCGACUCGUAUGCAUCAUAACAGGCUUUCGCAAAAGUUUCCGGCCAUGAUCCUCGCCAACAAACCGGUUAAUGAAGUAGGGAACAAUUCGUCUGUCCUGCCAAUUAUCCAAAUAUGAAAAACAAACACUACCGCAAAAACGAAACCGCCAUACCCAUUACUGCUUCAACUUCCUGAUCUCUUAUUUCUGGUCGGUUGACCGGCAUCGGUCACCAUGCCUUCAGUCUGCUCUUGACAUAUAUCCCAGUACUGCGUUCGAGGGAGUAUGUGAUGUGCCUAGAACUUCA